AUACAAAUAAUUGAGUCGUCCGCUCUACUUUUCCAUCUUCAACCCCCAGAUUUUCUCCAUUCUGAAUUCCUGCUGCGUUGAUCCCUAACGUAGUACUUCUGACUUCGGUUCUUCUUCGAUUUUAUCCUCCUUGAUUCUGGUUUGUGCCGAAUCUCUAGGUGGGUGGCCAGACGUCGCCAGCCAUUCGAAAGUUCUCCCACUACCUAGGUGUCCACCGUGUUUUGACCGCUACUAUAUACGCUUAUUCCUUUAAAUUGAUCGCUAAUUUCCGGCCGUUUCAUCGUCGCUUCUCCUGGCCUGGAACUAGUUGUCCUUUCAGCUGGGUUUAUUCAGACAUUAUUUUCCUACGUCUAUCGUACAAAUCACUUUCAAACUUGACUGUUCGCAUUAUCGGUGAAUAUGUCCGCUAACCCCCGCAAACCUGGGACUCCAGGCAGUGGGAGCAAAACCGCCACUACGGACAAUAACACAGUCAACGGAACUCCGUCGCGAGUUCAUACUCGAUCCCCAAGUGCUUCUACGAACGGUCUAUCCAGAUCGCCUUCCCUCCGUGGCUCCGCUCCUGUCUCUGCGCGCGCUGCAGCCCGGAAACCUGGUCGGUCCAACCUCAGCAUGUCCAAUGUACCCCAGGUGGCGGCCGAUUCGUCCGAGGAAGAGGCCCGCGCCCAGAAUGCAGCUCUGAUCGAAGAGUUGAAGGAGCAGUUGCAGAAAGCUGAGAGUGCAUCAGAGCAGUAUCGCAAGCAACUUGGUGUCUUGCAAAUGCGGCUCGACGAAGCCAUCAGCGAGCAGAGCAAGUUGGAGGACCAGGCUCAUGAGAAGGACAGCAAGAUUGAAGCUCUCAACAGUGAAAUCAGAGACCACAUUCGCCAAAUCCGAGACCUAGAACAGGCACACGAGUUGGAACGGAAUGCCAUGCUGCAGGAGAAGGAGCAGUACCUGAGCCGGGAGGAAGAAAUGCAGGCGACCAUCCAGCGCUUGAAAGACACGUUGGCUCAGAAGGAGAUACGAAUGAACGCUGAUAACGAGAAGAAUAUUUCCCGUUCUUCCAGUUUCCUGAAUCGGUCCUCACCGGAGGUGGAAGGGCAGUUCGCGCCUUCAUCUCAGAUCGAGCGGAGCCCAUCGCGAAAUAAUUCGAAGCUGCUUUUGCAGAAGGACAAACUGAUUGAGUCUCUCCGUCUCGAAUUGGCUGAGUCCCAAAUCAAGCUUGUGGAGAUGGAGAACAAAGGCGGCGGCCGGCAACGCGAAUUGGAGAAGGAGCUCCUGGAAGCCCGGAUGGCUAAUGCUCGUCUGAUGGAGGACAACGAGAGUUAUCAACUGCUCUUGAGCGAACGAACAUUGAAUGGGGACUUCACCAAAGGUGAUUUCAUGAGGGAGGCCCACCCCGAUUAUGAUGAGGGGCAGGAACCCAGCAAUGGAUUGGGCUCUCUGGCUGACGAGCUCGAGUCAGUGGAUGCCAAAGCGGAAACCGACAAUACCCGUAAACUCGAAACGGAGAUCAAGGUGCUCAAGGACCAGAACAAGGCCUUGACCCUGUACAUUGAGCGCAUUAUUAGUCGUCUCCUGCAACAUGACGGUUUCGAAACCAUCUUGGACAAGAACGAAAACGAACCUCCAACUACUGCAAAGCAGGCAUCUUCAGUAACUGACAAGGACCUGCCCCCGACACCUCCAGAGAAGGAUGACGCAUCUUCCCAGACUUUUCUGCAAAGAGCCAAGUCAGUUGUCGCCGGCCAGCCCAACCGUUCUCAGCAUAGAUCUCGCCCGUCUACUUUCAUGCCACCCCCAACGAGUGUCCCGACAGCUCACGAAAACCCCGAAACAGCGCCCAGCAUUCCCAUCAAUCGAGCACAGCGUGGCCAUCGCCGCACUCGAUCAGAUCAGGCAGAUGUUGCAGCAGCAACUGUUGUCGGCCAGAUGUAUCCGGGACGCAACUCUGGUGGGCCUAUCAGCCCGACCCUCAUGGGUCCCGGUUCUCGUCAGAGUGUCUUUUCAGGGACAGGCUAUAUGUCAAGCAUGAGCACCCGUGCGCCGUCUCUCUCCAGCCAGCCAGAGCGGGGUCGGAUGAGUAGCUCGAACAGCGUUACCAGUGACCCGCAUGAUACGGCUUCCACUGGGGCGACCUCCAAUUCACCACGCUCCAGCACCGGCAUGACAAACUACACUGGAGCAGUCAUGACUCAGAAUAAACUACGCCCACUACGACUGGUCAGUGAGACAAAGGCGGCGGAGGACGAGGAGGCAGCUCGGAAAAAAGCGAACCGGGGAAGCUGGAUCUCGUGGUUCAACCGUCCGAACACCGGUGACGCAGCACAACAGCAAACAUGAGCUGGACUUGCAUUCCUGACCGGCGACUCUCUGUUAUGACUUCUUUUGCACUGACUCUUUUACUUUGGUUGUCUCAUAUCUCCGCUUCUGUGUAAUAUUGUUGUUCUCUUCUGCUUCCCAUAUGUCGCCCUGUUGAGGAAUACCCUAUCUUUAUGAUGACUACCAUGACGUUUGAAGUUGACUGAAGAUUGCUUCGUGGAGCACCGUGUGCCGCUCCUACUAACGAUACCAGGAGGGCAAUUUUGUUCUCGAUUCUGGCUGUGAUAGCCACUCUCAGGAUUCUUCUUGUCUUGGAUGAUUCCUUUGCAAUCGUUGACGGCCAUUACUCAUCGGAAUAUAUCCAUGAGACUCUAUCUUUUAUGAUCCACUGUCCUUCAUGAACAUAUGACUGAUAUAUUAGUUUCAACAUAGAAUAUUUGAUAAUAUUUUGCUUAUUAUUCAUUAGUGAUUUGUGGAUUCAAGCA